UUUACACUAUGAGCGCUUCACAAUUUCGCUGAAUCCAAAAGUUUAUGUGCUUAAUUAAUUCCUUCCCGAUCUCUAAUUCUCCAUGCUUUUGCACUGCAAAAUAAAACCCUAACUUACUUCAAUUUGCAUUACAAAAUGGACCAAAAUCACAAUUCAGAAUCACAAUCAAGCUCCAGUGAAGUAUCUUCAGCAACAGCAGUUUUCCUAGGAGCUCUAGCUCCUGGUGUUAACGGGCCAACAUGGAAUACAUUAAAGUCUGCGUUUUUAAUGUUGGGUCUUUGUCUUGCUGUUAUGUUGGGUUUAGCAUUCUCUUCCAGUGAUUCUUGGUUGGUGUUUCACGUUGUGUUCCUUGUUCUUAUUUCUGUUACACUCUUCUUACUCCUUAGCUGGUUUCUUUCAGAAACUGGUCUAGUCUCCGUCGAACAUCAAAUGCGAGAGAUGGGCUUGGAAGCUAAGGAUCCUCUAGAGGCAAACAAAAAGAGCGAAUAACUAUUAUCUUGUUUUUUCAUGAUCUCCUGAUACAUGACCAAAUUAGAGUACACGGUCGAAAAGCAUAGAACACUAAGCUUGAUUUUUUUUUCCUCUUUCAAUUUUUGUAAUUGUACAUAUUUUACUCUUCUCUAUCUGAUGUGGCUUCUGCUGCAAGUGGUAUAUAUUUUAUUUUUUCUAGUUUAUAAUGA